AUGUCUCCACAACACCACUACACUCGGUGCCUGAACCUGUCUCCACAACACCACUACACUCGGUACCUGAACCUGUCUCUACAACACCACUACACUCUGUGCCUGAACCUGUCUCCACAAUACCACUACACUCGGUGCCUGAGCUUGUCUCCAUAACACCACUACACUCAGUGCCUGAGCCUGUCUCCAUAACACCAUUACACGCUGAAAGUGCUGAAAAUGAAGUGUGUAGACUGUGCAAUCUGCCUUUUAUCCACAAAGAGAGAAGCAUAUUGUCCUUCCUCCCCAGCGGCAGUGUGAGUUAUUGGGAGUGGAGACAACUGGGCUCACUCCCCAGCGGCAGUGUGAGUUAUUGGGAGUGAAGACAACCGGUCUCACUCCCCAGCGGCCGAGUGAGUUAUUGGGAGUGGAGACAAUUGGUCAGACUCCCCAAGUGUGGGAUCCAGGAAGAAGAGACGGCCGGUCUUACUUUCCAGCAGCAGAGUAUGUUCCAGGGAGAGAAGCUGUCCUUCCUCCCCAGCGGCAGUGCGAGUUAUUAGGAGUGGAGACAGUCAGUCUCACUCUCCAGCGGCCAAGUGAGUUAUUGGGAGAAGAGACAACUAGUCCCACUCCCUAGCAGCAGAUUGUGUUACAGGGAGAGGAGACAACCGGUCUCUCUCCCCAGCGGCAGUACAAGUUACUGGGAGUGGGAACAGCCUGUCCCACUCCCCAGCGGCAGAUGUGAUCCCCUAGAGAAAUGCGCCCUCCAUCCCCGGCGACAACUUGGUCCACACGGAGUGGAGUUCAGCAGUGUCGGAGUGGAGUUCCCAGCUGGAGAUCCCAGCUGGAUUUACAAAUGGUAGCUUGUGACAGGAUGCCCUCUGGACAACUGAGCCUUUUGGGAAAGGUCACCAGACUAACGCAGACCCAGAUCAAUUGGAGGUCUGGGGUCUGGUUAGCCUCCCCGAGAGGGGGAAGAUUUGUAACAAACGCUCCUUCCCACGUACAUUUUUCUGGAGGAGUGUAGAAGCUGAACUCCUGCCCACUGACUAUAGUCCAGGUCUGGGACACACUGCAUGGAUCUGAGCGCUAUUUGGAGAACUUGGGCGCUCAAAUCAGGGCUAUUUAAAAAACAAUGUUAUUUGUGGGGUUAUUUUAUGUUUUUAUUAUGUUUUGGGGUAUUUUUUUAUGAUUUAUAUUAUUGUGCUUGCCUCUCUGUUCCUGGGAGAUAAUUAGCUUACCGAUCUUUAACGCAAUUGUCUCCCACGCCUAGAGAUUCCUGGGAGGGGCUUGUGGUGAAGACAGUGGAGACCCCUUGCUGGGGUCUGUGUAUAAAAAGGCAUUAAACCAGUUGUACUCCCAGAACUAUGUGUUGUCUAGUUACUGGGAGGGGAAAGGACUAAUCACAGCUCGUGGGGGGUUCAGCGGAGAAAGUCCUUGUAAGGACUAGCGCUCCCAGGACUGUGUGUCGUCCAGUCCCUGGGAGUGAAUAGAGCUAGUCCCCUAUCCUGCUCCAGGACGUAGAGGCUACAGGAGGAUCCCAGUCAAGCCACAGCGACUGGGGUGGAAGUGCUGAGGUUUUCCCCUGUUCCAGCGGAGUUACCCAGCCGGGGUACAGGGAGCUCCGCUACAUACACCAAGCAAGACUCUAUAAUACGCCAAGCAAGACUUCAUUAUACGGCAAGCAAAACUCCAUUGUACACCAGUCAAGACUCCAUUAUACGCCAAGCAGGACUCUAUUGUACCCCAAGCAGGAUUCCAUUAUAUGCCACGCAAGACCCCAUUGUACGCCAAGCAAGACCCCAUUGUACGCCAAUCAAUACCCCUUUGUACGCCAAUCAAGACUCCAUUGUAUGCCAAGCAAGACUUAAAUAUACGCCAGGCAAUACUCCAUUAUACGCCAAGCUAUAUACAAAUCAAAAUUCCAUUAUACGCCAAGCAAGACUCCGUUGUACGCCAAGCAAGACUCCUUUGUAUGCCAAGCAAGACUUAAAUAUACGCCAGGCAAGACUCCAUUGUACGCCAAGCAAGACUCAAUUAUAUGCCAAGCAAUAUACUCCAACUAAGACUAUAUACAAAUUAGGACUCAAUUAUACAACUUUCCACACAUAGGAAGAGAGAGAAAGGAAGUGUGCCUGUAUAUUUAACUUCCGCACUGUAACCUCACUAAAUGUGUUGACUUAGUUUUGCUCGUUAACAUAUGAAAAGGUAAGUAGUCUGAAGCAAGAGGACACGUAUCCUUGUGCAUAACAUUUGUGUGACAAGAUGUCACCGCAAGCCGUGAGAACAUUAAUUGAGUAAUGAGGAUUUAUUUGUUAAUGUUGCUUGAAUACAACAUCAAGUUUUGGUUCUUUGUUAGAAAAAUUUUUUCAAGGCCUUUCAAUAGCUGAGCUUUCCACGUGUCCAACAGUUCCCUUAAAGUGUCAAUAACUCCUCUUUGGAACCACUGAAUUUCUGCUACUUAGCUUUUUUGUUUUUGCCUCUAGCCAACAAAGUGAUGGGAUUUUUCUCGGAAUUGGUCCAGCAUUGUAACAGAUUUAUGCCCAGAUAUAUGUAUAUAUUGUAUGUUUAUCCUGUAACUCUGCGUGUACAUGUUGGCACGCUAUAGUUAGUAAUAAGAAGGCAAGUUUCAGGAAGUUAUAAAACGAACAGGUAAACAAACUGGCCGGCGCUCGAACAGUUCUAGGUUUGUUAUUUUCCCUCGCAGACUGGAACUUCUACCUGAUAUAUCUCUCUUUGAGCAGUGAUCUUGACAGGACGAAUUGCAAAAUAACUGGCUUGUUCAGCCUUGUACCACAUGGUCAGUAUCAACAAGGGUCUUGAUUGAUUGCCCUUUCGGUGUGUGAUGUCUUCAAUAUGUGCUUCACAUUGAAAGCAGACCAGGUUAUUAAGACAUAUGCCCAGUAAUGUGAAGCAGACAUCAGUUUCCAUGUGUAAUGAUUUACUAAACCAACUGGAUAACACGUUUGUUGUGAGAUGAAAUACUAUUCAGUUUGGUCUGUUAAGAAUGUUUUUUAUUUCCAUUCCAGGUUAAACAUCUGGAAGAAAGCAGCAUGGUGAUCCAAGUAAGUGUGCUAUGCUGGUCAUGAUUGCAUUGUCAUCCACAAAGUAUCUGCUACUAACAUGUAGAACUGGAAACCGUGAUCCUGCUUCAUACAACAUGUAAGCAUGGUCAUGUUUGGAUUGCAUACCAGGUUUCUAUGUAACUAUUUAACUAUGAUUAGCUCUAUAUUCAAAAGAAUAGUCUGUGAUCUGUCCUACAAUCCCAUCCUAUAGCUGUAUAUUCCCAGAAUAAUCUGUGAUCUGUCCUACAAUCCCAUCCUAUAGCUGUAUAUUCCCAGAAUAGUCUGUGAUCUGUCCUACAAUUCCACCCUAUAGCUGUAUAUUCCCAGAAUAGUCUGUGAUCUGUCCUACAAUUCCACCCUAUAGCUGUAUAUUCCCAGAAUAGUCUGUGAUCUGACCUACAAUCCCAUCCUAUAGCUGUAUAUUCCCAGAAUAAUCUGUCCUACAAUCCCACCCUAUAGCUGUAUAUUCCCAGAAUAGUCUGUAAUUUGUCCUACAAUCCCAUCCUAUAGCUGUAUAUUCCCAAAAUUGUCUGUGAUCUGUCCUACAAUUCCAUCCUAUAGCUGUAUAUUCCCAGAAUAAUCUGUGAUCUGUCCUACAAUCCCAUCCUAUAGCUAUAUAUUCCCAGAAUAGUCUGUGAUCUGUCCUACAAUCCCAUCCUAUAGCUGUAUAUUCCCAGAAUACUCUGUGAUCUGUCCUACAAUCCCAUCCUAUAGCUGUAUAUUCCCAGAAUAAUCUGUAAUCUGUGCUACAAUCCCAUCCUAUAGCUGUAUAUUCCCAGAAUAAUCUGUAAUCUGUCCUACAAUCCCAUCCUAUAGCUGUAUAUUCCCAGAAUAGUCUGUGAUCUGUCCUACAAUCCCAUCCUAUAGCUGUAUAUUCCCAGAAUAGUCUGUAAUCUGUCCUACAAUCCCAUCCUAUGGCUGUAUAUUCCCAGAAUAGUCUGUGAUCUGUCCUACAAUCCCAUACUAUAGCUGUAUAUUCCCAGAAUAAUCUGUAAUCUGUCCUACAAUCCCAUCCUAUAGCUGUAUAUUCCGAGAAUAGUCUGUGAUCUGUCCUACAAUCCCAUCCUAUAGCUGUAUAUUCCCAGAAUAGUCUGUAAUCUGUCCUACAAUCCCAUCCUAUAGCUGUAUAUUCCCAGAAUAGUCUGUAAUCUGUCCUACAAUCCCAUCCUAUAGCUGUAUAUUCCCAGAAUAGUCUGUGAUCUGUCCUACAAUUCCACCCUAUAGCUGUAUAUUCCCAGAAUAGUCUGUGAUCUGACCUACAAUCCCAUCCUAUAGCUGUAUAUUCCCAGAAUACUCUGUGAUCUGUCCUACAAUCCCAUCCUAUAGCUGUAUAUUCCCAGAAUAAUCUGUAAUCUGUCCUACAAUUCCAUCCUAUAGCUGUAUAUUCCCAGAAUAGUCUGUAAUCUGUCCUACAAUCCCAUCCUAUAGCUGUAUAUUCCCAGAAUAGUCUGUAAUUUGUCCUACAAUCCCAUCCUAUAGCUGUAUAUUCCGAGAAUAGUCUGUGAUCUGUCCUACAAUCCCAUCCUAUAGCUGUAUAUUCCCAGAAUAGUCUCUGUCCUCUGUCCAUCCUGUGGCUGUAUGUUCAAGAUAAUUCAUGUCCUACAAUCCAUCACUAUGGCUGUAUGUUUAGAAUAGUCUGUAAUUUGUCCUGCAAUCCCAUCCUAUGGCUGUAUGUUCAGAAUGGUCUUGUGAGUCUGUAAUCUGUCCUACAAUCCCAUCCUAUAGCUGUAUAUUCCCAGAAUAGUCUGUGAUCUGUCCUACAAUCCCAUCCUAUAGCUGUAUAUUCCCAGAAUAGUCUGUGAUCUGUCCUACAAUCCCAUCCUAUAGCUGUAUAUUCCCAGAAUAGUCUGUAAUCUGUCCUACAAUCCCAUCCUAUAGCUGUAUAUUCCCAGAAUAGUCUGUAAUCUGUCCUACAAUCCCAUCCUAUAGCUGUAUAUUCCCAGAAUAGUCUGUAAUCUGUCCUACAAUCCCAUCCUAUAGCUGUAUAUUCCCAGAAUAGUCUGUGAUCUGUCCUACAAUUCCAUCCUAUAGCUGUAUAUUCCCAGAAUAAUCUGUAAUUUGUCCUACAAUCCCAUCCUAUAGCUGUAUAUUCCCAGAAUAGUCUGUGAUCUGUCCUACAAUUCCAUCCUAUAGCUGUAUAUUCCCAGAAUAGUCUGUGAUCUGUCCACCAAUUUUACACUAUUUCAUUCCAGUAUUCCCAUCAUAGUAAUUAGACCUCCAUUUGCACCCUUCAGCUGCUACAUUUUGUUGGAACUUUUGAUGUUUAGGGUAUGUGAUUGUAACAUAUUCCUUUCCUGCAGGCACACUUCUAA